AUGAUCCACUCUGCUUCCGACGCCUCAACGCUUGUUUCGCCAACCAAAAGCGUCCUGCACUCGUCACUGCUACAACCGGAAUCCAUGACAGCCCUGGCUACCAUGGUAGGGGGCAACAAGACCGCCAUGAAGAGGAAUACGAGAGCAUUCAUUGGUGAGAAGACAGAGCUGCCCCUGCUUGGGCCUCAGUCAGAGAAAAUGUCCAAGGAAGAUGAGAAGACGGACGUAGAACCGCACAGGGAGGGCUCUAUUGGCACAUCGACGAGCCAAAGUAGCCGCUCAAGCCGCCAGACGAGCCUCGAGUGCUCACCCACGACUGCUGCGACGUCGUUGGAUGCGGAUCUGUCAGAGUUGGGCAGAGAGGAACAAUUCAGCCUCCCCGACGCACUUCGCGAUAUCGAGCCUCCUCAUGCCGUUCAAGCCUACAGCCACAGUGCCAAAGAUCUCCCGCGGCCAAACCCUACGCUCCCACUCAUCCCCUCGGAUGGGCGCCCCAAGAAUUUUGGUAUCGUUGUUCCUGGAGUAUACCGAAGUAGUUUUCCGCAGAGCGAAGAUUACCCUUUCAUCGAGAGCCUCGGGUUGAAGACUAUGGUCACAUUGGUCCAAAAGGAUUUCCCGGAGGGCUAUGAUACUUUCCUCAGCAAAAAUGGUAUCAAGCAUCACGUCUUCGACAUGAAGGGCACCAAGAAAGAGGCAAUUCCCAUCACGACGAUGAAGGCCAUCCUCCGACUGGUGCUCAACACAGCCAAUCACCCACUCAUGAUUCACUGCAACCACGGAAAGCAUCGCACUGGCUGUGUGGUUGGGAUUGUUCGCAAGACUCUUGGCUGGGACGUGAACAAUAUCCUCGACGAGUACCGGAGUUAUGCCGAGCCCAAAGUCCGCGAGACAGAUGUCAACUACAUCCAGGGAUUCGAAAUGGCCCAAAUCUCAAACCUUUUCUCCAAGGACAAUACGAUGUUGGGGCGAUUUGCGUCGCCCAGGUUCGCCCACUCUACGGCCGUGGCCAUCAUUUUCCUGUUAUUCUGGUAUCAUUUUUCCGGAAUCUCGCUGCCAAAUUCGGAGGCGGCGGAUCGCAAGCUGCUCACACAGUAG